UUUUAACGGAAACCAAAACAAACUCACACACACUAAACCCCCACUCCGCCUCCGUAACCGCCACCGUUCCGACUGCAAGAUGUCACCGGCGAUCGAGAAAUCAAGCAGGAUUCAACACAUUGUACGAGUCCGACAGAUGCUCCGCCGCUGGCGCCGGAGAUCCUCCUCCACAUCUCCUCGCCGGUUCAUCGCCGCCGAUGUUCCGGCCGGACACGUGGCGAUCUGCGUCGGCAGCAAUUUACGGCGGUUUAUUGUUCGAGCGACGUACUUAAACCAUCCGAUUUUCCAGAAGCUUCUAACGGAAGCUGAAGAAGAAUACGGUUUUAACAACAUCGGUCCGUUAACGAUUCCGUGUGAAGAAACGGAGUUUGAACAGAUCCUUUGGUUAAUCGAUAACGGCAAAAAGUCCGGCCGUUACGUGAAUCUCGAGGAGUUUCAGAGAUGCUGCCACGUGGACUACGUCGGUGAAUCUAAACCGCUCCUUCAUGGAUCCGUGUGUUGAAACAUGUAACGAAUAUUUGAAAUGUAGUAGCGAGUUAGUAACUGAGUCGACUCGGUCCGAGUUAGAGAAUCUAACUACUAUUCUAAUUUUUUUUUAUGAGUAGAAGUAGUUAGGAGAUCUUUUUUUUUACAAAUACUUUUUUUAGAUGUGUUUAUGCUUGGAUGUAGGUGAGUUGACUCAGACUGUGGCGUAUCGUGUAUGUGUUUUUUUUUGCUUGGGAGAUGGCAAGGUUGAGUUGUAACUUGACUCGGACUGAGUCAUCCCGAGUUGAAAAGGAAAGAAUUGAAUUGAAUGAAAAUUAGUUUGUUAUAUUUAA